UGAAAUAGAUAAGUAAUUUUCCUGAUUUUGCCUACCUUCUUGCCAAACUGUUCCAAUAUUCAGUGCAGUGUCAUUUCUGUGGCCUAACAUUGUCUAAUGUAUAUAUAAACUGAGGCAGUGAGAUGAGUUUCUUAAGUCUUUGAGAGAAAAAGCUAUUAGCCUCAAAAGAACUUCAAACCCCUUAAAAUGCCGACUAUGACAGUUCACACACUUGCAGUCAUAUUUGGCAUCUUAGGAAAUAUUGUCUCAGUUGGAGUAUUCCUUUCGCCAGUGCCAACGUUCUACAGGAUUUACAAGAGGAAAUCAUCUGAAGGAUAUACUUCUCUACCCUAUGCUGUGGCGCUGUUCAGUGCAAUGAUGCUAUUAUAUUAUGGUUCCCUCAAGCCAGGUGGACUUCUGAUCAUCACUAUUAAUAGUUUUGGAUGCUGCAUAGAAGUUAUUUACCUGGUGGUAUUUCUAGUAUAUGCACCAAAAGCGACAAAGAAUUUCACAUUGAAGCUAAUAAUUCUAUUUAACCUGGGAGUAUGCAGCUUAGUCAUGUUGCUCACAACUCUUCUAGCCAAAGGUCCCAAAAGAAUUACUGUUGUAGGCUGGAUAAAUGCCGUUAUCAGCCUCUGUGUGUUCGCAGCUCCACUAACUGUCAUGGGGCAAGUAAUUAGAACAAGAAGCGUGGAGUUCAUGCCGGUUUCUCUCUCCUUAGCCCUCACUGUUAAUGCCACUAUGUGGUUCUUCUAUGGAUUUUUCCUCAAAGAUUACUUUAUCGCGGGACCAAAUAUCUUGGGGUUUUUUCUUGGCAUUAUUCAGAUAACCCUCUACAUCACCUACAAGUACUGCUGCAGCAAGGUUGAGAAGGAUUUUACUCAUGACAAAUCGAGCAAAGAUUCAAAGUUGGAGCCAGUGGAUGAUGUCAUCAGGGACAACCAACAAAUUGAAAUGCAGGCAGUGUAAAACAUCCAUGUCAACUUGGAUGAACUGUUGACAAUCCAUCGAGAUCCGGGGUUUCAGGAAAUCGACUAGUACCUAUCUACGAAGAGUUGAGGUUUCCACGGAAGAUAAUCAUGUACUUCAUGUAAAAUAUAAAAUAAAAGUGAUUGAUAUCACUGUACUCUAUAUAAUUCAGAGAGAGGAGGGAAGGAGUAGAAAGAACACAUUUUUUUGUAAUUCUGACACUCUUUCCAGGUUACAAGUAAAUAAUAGCUGAAAUACUGUAAAUUUUUUCCUUCUA